AUGUUCAAUCGUUUUAACAAAUUCCAAGCUGCUGUCGCUUUGGCCCUACUCUCUCGCGGCGCUCUCGGUGACUCUUACACCAAUAGCACCUCCUCCGCAGACUUGAGUUCUAUCACUUCCGUCUCGUCAGCUAGUGCAAGUGCCACCGCUUCCGACUCACUUUCUUCCAGUGACGGUACCGUUUAUUUGCCAUCCACAACAAUUAGCGGUGAUCUCACAGUUACUGGUAAAGUAAUUGCAACCGAGGCCGUGGAAGUCGCUGCCGGUGGUAAGUUGACUUUACUUGACGGUGAAAAAUACGUCUUCUCAUCUGAUCUAAAAGUUCACGGUGAUUUGGUUGUCGAAAAGUCUGAAGCAAGCUACGAAGGUACCGCGUUCGACGUUUCUGGUGAGACUUUUGAAGUUUCCGGUAACUUCAGUGCUGAAGAAACUGGCGCUGUCUCCGCAUCUAUCUAUUCAUUCACACCUAGCUCGUUCAAGAGCAGCGGUGACAUUUCUUUGAGUUUGUCAAAGGCCAAGAAGGGUGAAGUCACCUUUUCUCCAUACUCUAACGCUGGUACCUUUUCUUUGUCAAAUGCUAUUCUCAACGGUGGUUCUGUUUCCGGUUUGUAA